GUAUAAUUUAUAGAUGUGUGGUGCGCAGGAGAAUCACAAAAUAGCAUUAGUAAAAGGAAAACAGAAAGGCAAUCAUGAAUAUUAUGUCGGUGGAAAUUGAAAAAAAGAAAUAGCAAAACACAUUACAUUACAUUACCCCUCUUCACGCCCUAAAUAGAUCUACACACACUCACACACACCCCACACGCACACAUCUGUGUGCAUCUGUAUCUAUUUUAUAUCUAUCAUUUAUGUUCACCUGUCUUUACAUCUGCCCCCGAAUCAUUUUCUCUCUCCGAUCUCCCCCUUUUUGAGCCUCACCUACACAUGCAUAUACAAAAACAAAUACAUAGACAAAUUUAGCAUCAACUACUUUCGCUUCGCUGCUUUGACCAAAUCAAGUUUAGUCAAGAAACCUCUUUAAGGUGAAUUACUGAGUUGAAACAGCUAAAAGAGGAAGUUCCUUGGGUCGUGUUGCAGUAAAGUUGGGAUUUUCUGGAUUCAGAAAUGUUGAUUUUGGUGCCUCGGAGUUGACCAAGAUUUCGGUAUUUGGUAAAAAUUUUUGUACUGAAGACACUCAAAUCAGCAUUGCCGCUUGGACACUUUACUUGUAUGAAGUAUUACGUAAAUGCAUAGUGGAUGUGUGGAUUCCUAGCCUUCGAGAAAAGGAGUAGUAGUUUUGGCAUAGUGGAAGAUUGAAAUUCCCUAUUCGUUUGUAUUUAAUUUAAUUUGCUGUAUUGGGAUGGGCUGUCACUGUUCAAAGCUGACCUUGUGUUGUUUUAACUCGGAGCAUAAUGGACCUGUUCAUGAAGCUAAUAAUGCUGAAAACGAGGAGAAAAGUGAAAUUGGGGAUUUGCCUACAUUUCGUGAAUUUUCUGUUGAACAACUUAGGAUAGCUACAUCUGGGUUUGCAGUAGAGAACAUAGUUUCUGAACAUGGGGAGAAAGCUCCAAAUGUGGUUUAUAAGGGGAAAUUGGAUAAUCAGAGGCGGAUAGCUGUCAAACGUUUUAAUAGGUCUGCUUGGCCUGACGCGCGGCAGUUCAUGGAAGAAGCAAAAGCUGUUGGCCAACUCCGGAACUACAGAUUGGCUAAUUUGCUUGGCUGCUGCUGUGAAGGUGAUGAGAGGUUACUGGUUGCUGAAUUUAUGCCCAAUGAAACUCUUGCAAAACAUCUGUUUCACUGGGAAACACAACCGAUGAAGUGGGCAAUGCGGUUAAGAGUCGCUUUAUAUAUCGCGCAAGCUUUAGAAUAUUGCACGAGCAAGGGUCGGGCACUUUAUCAUGAUCUUAAUGCCUACAGGAUUGUCUUUGAUUACGAUGGCAAUCCCAGAUUGUCGUGCUUUGGAUUGAUGAAGAAUAGUAGAGAUGGUAAAAGCUACAGUACAAACUUGGCAUUUACUCCACCAGAGUACCUAAGGACUGGAAGAGUUACCCCAGAAAGUGUAAUUUACAGCUUUGGAACACUUUUGCUUGACCUUCUAAGUGGAAAACACAUACCACCAAGUCAUGCCCUUGAUUUGAUUAAGGAUCGGAAUCUUCAGAUGUUGACAGAUUCUUGUUUAGAAGGUCAAUUUUCCAACGAUGAUGGAACAGAGUUAGUGCGUCUAGCUUCAAGAUGCUUACAAUAUGAACCUCGUGAGAGGCCAAAUCCAAAAUCAUUAGUUGCUGCAUUGAUUCCUCUUCAGAAGGAAACUGAGGUCCCUUCUCAUGUAUUAAUGGGUAUUCCUCAAGGUGGAGAGGUAGUGUCCUUGACAGCCCUUGGUGAAGCAUGCUUAAGAAUGGAUUUAACUGCCAUUCAUGAGAUAUUGGAAAAACUUGGUUACAAAGAUGACGAGGGAGCAGCAACUGAGCUUUCAUUCCAGAUGUGGACAAAUCAAAUGCAGGAUACUUUGAACUCGAAGAAAAAGGGGGAUGUGGCUUUCCGGCAUAAAGAUUUUAGGGUUGCCAUUGAAUGUUUCACACAGUUUAUUGAUGUUGGAACAAUGGUCUCCCCAACUGUUUAUGCUCGCCGAAGUUUGUCACAUCUCAUGAGUGAUGUGCCUCAGGAGGCCCUCAAUGAUGCAGUUCAAGCACAAGUUAUAUCUCCCGUUUGGCAUAUAGCUUCGUAUUUACAAGCUGCUGCUCUCUUUGCUCUAGGGAGGGAGAAUGAGGCACAAAUAGCACUCAAAGAAGGUUCCAUACUCGAAGAGAAGAGAAACGUAACAUCCUGAGACAGGAAACGGUGUUUCUGGCGCUGAGACGUGUAUAAAUGACGAGGGACAGCACCAUCUAAGCCCGAGCCAACUUAUAAGAACGUAAUGUUAUCCUUGGCAUCCACGGGAUUGUGUUUAGUUGUUGAAGGAUCUUUUUCUCUACAUGAUUUGGAUGGGCUGUUUCCUAUGGAUUGAUGCAUCAAACGCUUUCGCUUUGUGCAGCGAGUUUGGCUUUGCAGAAUCAAGGCAAUGAUGAUUGAGUGGCAGUGGAAAGGGAUCACCAUGUUGAUAAAGAGACCUGCUGUUUUUUCUUUAUUUGUAUUUUGUCACUCUCAUUUCUUGUUUGUUGGUUUUAGAUAAUUUUAUUUGCUCCAGUGUUAUUGGUUUGUAUUUGGCAUUGUUAUUAUCAAAUGAGUGCUUAAAUUGGGUUGAAAA